AUGGAGCAGAUCAAUGAGACUGUUGUGACAAAGUUUGUUUUCCUUGGCUUCUCCUCUCUGGCUGGAUUGCAGAGGGUUCUCUUCUUGGUUUUCCUGCUCCUCUACCUGUUCACACUGGGCACCAAUGCCAUCAUCAUUUCCACCAUUGGGUUGGACAGAGCCCUCCAUACCCCCAUGUACUUCUUCCUGGCCAUUCUCUCCUGCUCUGAAACUUGCUACACCUUUGUCAUUGUGCCCAAGAUGCUGGUUGACCUGCUGUCCCAGAAAAAGACCAUCUCUUUCUUGGGCUGUGCCAUCCAGAUGUUCACCUUCCUCUUCCUCGGUUGCUCCCACUCAUUUCUUCUGGCAGCCAUGGGCUAUGACCGCUAUGUGGCUAUUUGCAAUCCUCUGCGCUAUACUGUGAUUAUGGGGCCCAAGGAGUGUGGGGGACUGGUGGCCUCUGCCUGUGCUUGUGGAUUCACGGUUGCACUGGUGACCACCUCCCUGGUGUUUCACCUCCCUUUCCACUCUUCCAACCAGCUCCAUCACUUUUUCUGUGACAUUUCACCUGUGCUCAAGUUGGCUUCUCACCAUACCAACCUUAAUCAAAUGGUCAUCUUUGUGCUUGGUGUAUUUGUCUUGGUCAUUCCACUGCUGUUAAUCCUAGUCUCCUACACCCAUAUCAUCUCUGCCAUUCUGAAGAUACCAUCUUCAGUGGGAAGGCACAAGGCCUUCUCAACCUGUGGUUCCCAUCUCAUUGUAGUCACCAUUCAUUAUGGCUGUGCUUCUUUUAUCUACUUACGGCCCAAGUCUAGCUACUCUUCAAGUCAGGACAGUCUGAUAUCUGUGUCUUAUACUAUCCUCACUCCAUUAUUCAAUCCAAUGAUUUAUAGUCUGAGAAAUAAGGAGUUUAAAGCAGCCCUCCGAAGGACAAUUGGCCAAAUUUCAUUGCCUUCAAUAAAGAGAUAA